AGCUUAUGAUCCUCGGAUUUAGACACUGGAGGUGCUCGAUGGAAUAAUGAAAAAUUGAGAAACAAAAAUGAAUAUAUAAGAUUCCGUUAUCUGAAUAGCAAAAAGGGAUCGGUCUUUGGAUCCAGGGGAGUUAUUAGCAUAGGAAAGAGGCGAUGGCAGUUGCGACCAGGUCGAAGAGACCGUUGGAGGCAGCUAAGACCGAAACUGUCAAGAGACUAAAGACGGAAGUUGGCCUGGGGGACGGCGACUCGAUUACGGAGUUGAAGCAGGAGGGCAACACUGGGGUAAAAAGCCUGGAGCGGAAGCAUAUUAAGGUUGAGGUUGAGGAUGAAUCAUCGGAGACAUCUCCGAAUGUUUUUAGAACGGUUACCGGGGAAGAUUUGAAGCUGGUUGGCUUGGAUGCCCGAGUACCUCUGAAUUGGCAUGAAAUAUAUAAUGAAAUAGUAUACAUGAGAUCCAAGUUCAUGGCCCCGGUUGAUACUAUGGGGUGUGAGAGGAUGCCCGAGACGAUUACUCCGAAUGUGACUCGAGAUAAGCCAAAAGUGUAUCGGUUCCAACUUUUGAUUUCGUUGAUGUUAUCGUCCCAGACUAAGGAUGAGGUGAAUUUUGAGGCCAUGGUUAAUCUUCAGACCAUUUUCUUGAAGAAAGGGUAUGAAAAUGGGCUUUGUCUUGAGGCGAUUUUGGAUUCUGCAGAAUCAGAUAUCGAUAAUUAUAUUCAAAAAGUUGGUUUCCAUAGGAGGAAAGCAGGUUUUAUUAAGAACUCAUGCGAUAUAUUAAACGAUCAGUUCAAUGGUGAUAUCCCCAAGACUAUAGAAGAUAUAGUUAGCUUACCGGGUGUAGGUCCCAAGAUGGGAUAUCUUUUGCUACAAAAAGGAUGGAACAUUAAUGAUGGAAUUGGUGUAGAUGUUCACUUACAUCGAUUAGCGCAAAUGUGGGGGUGGGUAUCGAAAUCCGAUAAACCAGAGAAUACUAGAAAUGAAUUGGAAAAAUGGCUACCGAAAAGCUUAUGGGCUGACAUUAAUCCCUUGCUAGUUGGAUUUGGCCAAAGUGUUUGUGCACCCAGGUCAAACAAUUGUGAUAUUUGCACUUUGGCAAAGAAGGGACUAUGUAAGAGUUCAAAUAAGAAAUUAUUGAAACAGCCUAUUGAUGAUAAGAGGAAAGCCAAAUUAAAAUCACAAAGAAGUGAUAUGUCGGGUUUAAUUGAUUUGUUCUAACAUAUUCUUAUUCAUUUUUCUAUAUAUCAUUAUACAUAUUAGUCUACUAAAUUACUUUGUUU